GGAGGCCCGGCGGACCCCCUCGGCUGGGGAGGAGUGCCAGGGAUGUGGAUGUGGCCGUGAAAAGAGAACGUGUGCCUGGAGGAGGCAGAAGAGGAGGAAAAGCAUUAUUUGAAGAGAAGAAUAAGCCAGCCACUCCAGCCCGUUCUGCAAAUUAGUGCUAUUACUUCUGGGGUCCAUUUGCUGUGAUUCUUUCCUCCUCCCUCCCACCACCCCAAAUUAAGGAACCUUGACUUGAGGGCCAGGAGCCAGCCCCCGAAAACGGCGAGGGGGGGGUACCCUUCUGGGUCGGAAGACCUUUUGGAUGUAGCGUUGGUGGAACAUUUAGACACUCUCCUCGGGAAAGGCCACCAUGAAUUCGGUAGCGGGGAAUAAAGAGAGGCUGGCGGUCUCCACCAGGGGCAAGAAAUACGGGGUGAAUGAAGUGUGCUCGCCCACCAAGUCCGCGGCGCCCUUCUCCCCCGAGAGCUGGUACCGGAAAGCGUACGAGGAGUCGCGCGCCGGGAACCGGCCCACCCCCGAGGGCGCGGGCUCGGCGCUCGGCUCGUCGGGGACCCCGUCCCCUGGCUCGGGCACCUCGUCCCCGAGCUCCUUCACGGGCUCCCCGGGCCCCGCCUCCCCGGGCAUUGGCACCAGCUCGCCGGGCUCCCUGGGCGGCUCGCCGGGCUUCGGCACCGGCUCCCCGGGCUCGGGCAGCGGCGGCGGCUCCUCCCCCGGCUCGGACCGCGGCGUCUGGUGCGAGAACUGCAACGCCCGCCUGGUGGAGCUGAAGAGGCAGGCGCUGAAGCUGCUCCUCCCGGGGCCCUUCCCGGGCAAGGACCCUGCUUUCUCGGCUGUGAUUCACGACAAGCUCCAGGUCCCCAACACCAUUCGCAAGGCGUGGAAUGACAAGGACAACCGCUGUGACAUUUGUGCCACACACCUGAACCAGCUGAAGCAGGAGGCCAUCCAGAUGGUGCUGACCUUGGAACAGGCAGCCGGCAGCGAGCAUUAUGAUGGCUCGCCUGGCUCGCCCCCCGCCCUCUCCAACAUGCCCAUGCUGGUGGGGUCCCGGCACACAGCUGGGCUGCAGCAGCCCAGAGAUUGGGCCUUUGUGCCUGCCUCCUAUGCCUCCUCCAACUACAUGGCUUUCGUCACCAAUAAGCACAGCGGCAAACCCAACAGCCUUGGGGUCAGCAAUGGGGCAGAGAAGAAGAGUGGGUCCCCAACCCACCAGGCCAAGGUCAGCCUUCAGAUGGCCACCAGUCCCAGCAACGGGAACAUCCUCAACUCUGUGGCCAUUCAGGCUCACCAGUACCUGGAUGGCACCUGGUCCCUGUCGAGAACCAACGGGGUCACCCUGUACCCAUACCAGAUUUCCCAGCUGAUGACAGAGACGGGCCGGGAGGGCCUGACCGAGGCAGCGCUGAAUCGCUACAACGCGGACAAGCCUUCGGCCUGCAGCGUCCCCGCCUCACAGGCAUCCUGCGUGGCCAGCGAGACCUCCACAGGCGCUUCGGUGGCCGCGUCCUUCUUCGCCAGAGCUGCCCAGAAGUUAAAUCUGUCUUCUAAAAAGAAGAAACAUCGGCCUUCCACGUCUUCUGUGGCUGAGACCCCGCUCUUUGCCACCAGCUUCAGCGGAAUUCUGCAGACCUGCCCUCCCCCGGCCCCGCCCUGUCUCCUGCGGGCUGUCAGCAAGGUGAAGGACACACCAGGCCUGGGCAAGGUGAAAGUCAUGCUUCGCAUCUGUUCCACAUUGGCUCGUGACACCUCUGAGUCCAGCUCUUUCCUGAAGGUGGACCCUCGGAAGAAGCAGAUCACCCUGUAUGACCCCCUGACGUGUGGAGGUCAAAAUGUCUUCCAAAAGAGAGGCAACCAAGUUCCCCCUAAGAUGUUUGCCUUCGAUGCCGUGUUUCCGCAAGAUGCUUCUCAGGCUGAGGUAUGCGCCGGAACCGUGGCAGAGGUGAUCCAGUCUGUGGUCAACGGUGCGGACGGCUGCGUGUUCUGCUUCGGCCACGCCAAGCUGGGCAAAUCCUACACCAUGAUCGGAAAGGACGACUCCAUGCAGAACCUGGGCAUCAUCCCCUGUGCCAUCUCCUGGCUCUUCAAGCUGAUAAACGAGCGCAAGGAGAAGACGGGGGCGCGCUUCUCCGUGCGCAUCUCCGCCGUGGAAGUGUGGGGCAAGGAGGAGAACCUGAAAGACUUGCUGUCCGACGUGGCCACGGGCAGCCUGCAGGACGGCCAGUCCCCGGGCGUGUACCUGUGCGAGGACCCCAUCUGCGGCACGCAGCUGCAGAACCAGAGCGAGCUGCGGGCGCCCACGGCGGAGAAGGCCGCCUUCUUCCUGGACGCCGCCAUCGCCUCGCGCCGCGGCAGCCAGCAGGACUGUGACGAGGAAGGCCACCGGAACUCGCACAUGCUCUUCACCCUGCACAUCUACCAGUACCGCAUGGAGAAGAGCGGGAAAGGGGGAAUGUCUGGAGGCCGCAGCCGCCUGCACCUCAUUGAUCUCGGCAGCUGUGUGAAAGCUCUUAGCAAGAAUCGGGAAGGAGGCUCAGGGCUGUGCCUCUCACUGUCUGCUUUGGGCAAUGUCAUCCUGGCUCUUGUCAACGGCAGCAAACACAUCCCUUACAAAGAGAGCAAACUCACCAUGCUGCUUCGCGAGUCCCUGGGGAACGUGAACUGUCGCACCACCAUGAUCGCGCACAUCUCGGCGGCCGCCGGCAACUACGCAGAGACCCUGUCCACCAUCCAGAUCGCCUCCAGAGUCUUGAGGAUGAAGAAAAAGAAGACGAAGUACACAUCGAGCUCGUCCGGUGGGGAGAGCUCCUGUGAGGAAGGCAGGAUGCGCAGACCCACCCAGCUGAGACCCUUCCACGCCAGGGCGACGGUGGACCCGGACUUCCCCAUCCCCCCGCUGUCCAGCGACCCCGACUACUCCUCGAGCAGCGAGCAGUCCUGCGACACAGUCAUCUACAUUGGGCCCAACGGCACGGCCCUCUCCGACAAGGAGCUCACCGACAACGAGGGCCCCCCAGACUUUGUCCCCAUCGUGCCCGCCCUGCAGAAGGCGCGGGGCGACAGCCGGCCCCCAGAGGCCGGAGGGGCUGCGGCCGGCAAGCCGGAGAGGGACUGUCUGAAGUGCAACACGUUUGCCGAGCUGCAGGAGAGGCUGGACUGUAUCGAUGGCAGCGAGGAGCCCAGUCAGUUUCCUUUCGAGGAGCUGCCUGUCCAGUUUGGGGCCCCACAGCCAGGCAGGUGUCCCCUGUUAAGCCAGGCGGCUGGGGCACACCCACUCUGCGAGGCCGAAAAGGAAGAGGCCGGGUCCGACGGUCAGCUGACCGACAGGGAAGGCCCCGACUCUCCCGCCUCCAAGAUGCAGAGGAAUCACUCGCCGGUCCCCGCCUCUGCGCUGCCCGGCAGCCCCAGCCCCGCCUCACCCAGGAGCAUCCCCGGCAGCAGCGGCGGCCCACACACCGCUUCCCAGCUCACGCAAAGCCCCAGCCUCCAGAGCAGCCGAGAGAGCCUCAACUCCUGUGGCUUCGCGGAAGGCAAGCCCAGGCCAAUGGGCUCCCCGCGGCUGGGCGUUGCCAGCCUGUCCAAGACCUCUGAGUACAAGCCGGCCAGCUCUCCCUCCCAGAGAUGCAAAGUGUACACCCAGAAGGGCGUCCUGCCCUCUCCCGGCCCCCCGCCUCUCUCGGGCAAGGACUCCGGCGCAGUAUCUAGUGAGUGUCUGCUGCAGCCUGAGCUGCGAACCCCCCCGGUUGGAAUGAGCCCCCAGGUUUUGAAGAAGUCCAUGUCCGCUGGGAGCCAAGGCCCCCCCGAAAGCCCGGUCGAUGACGAGCGCCAGGCGGCGGCCUCUCCAGACCCCAAGAAGGAGAUCCUGAGCACCAUGAUGGUGACGGUGCAGCAGCCCCUGGAACUCAACGGCGAGGAUGAGCUGGUGUUCACGCUGGCGGAGGAGCUGACCAUCAGCGGCAUCCUGGAAGGCGGCCGCCCCACGAGCAUCAUCAGCUUCAACAGCGACUGCUCCGUGCAGGCCCUGGCCUCGGGCUCCCGGCCCGUCAGCAUCAUCGGCAGCAUCAGCGAGGAUCUCGAGUGCUACUCCAGCGUGGCGCCCGUCUCCGAGGUCAGCAUCACGCAGUUCCUGCCCCUCCCGAAGCUGACCUUGGACGAGAAGGCCCGCGAGGCCGGGAGCCGACGCUCCUCCAUCAGCUCCUGGCUGAGCGAGAUGAGCGCCGGCAGCGACGGCGAGCAGUCCUGCCACAGUUUCAUCGCCCAGACGUGCUUUGGGCACGGGGAGGCCAUGGCUGAUCCCCCGGCCUCGGAGCUGGGCGGCGGCCUCCAGAGCAGCGCCGUGGUGUGCCGGGAGAAGCCCCAGACGGGCCCCGACAAUGUGCUCAUCUUGUCUGAUGUGGGGGAAGACUCUUUCAACAAGGGGACCCCCAUCAAGGGCUGCAAGAUAUCCACGCUGGGCAAGGCCAUGGUCACCAUCUCCAACACGGCCAAUCUGAGCAGCUGCGAAGGGUACAUCCCCAUGAAGACCAACAUCACAGUCUACCCCUGCAUUGCCAUGACCCCCCGGCCCGUCCAGGAGCCUGAGGCGGCCGUCGUCAGCUCGUCGCCCAGAGCAGCCCAGCCCCAGGACGGCCGGGAACCCGGAGCCAAGGCAGAGAUGAGAUUUGAGGACCCCUGGUUGAAACGAGAAGAGGAGCUGAAGAAGGAGAGCGCCUAUCCCGGUGAAGAAGGGGGCAGGUGUGAGGCCGCCGCAGGCUCCCCAAAGCCUGAGGCCAGAGCAGAGCAGGACAGGAAGGCGGGCCCCGGGGACAGGCUGAGCAGCAGCAGCGGUGAGGUGUCUGCCUCCCCGGGAAGUGACAGCUCCAGGAGGGUUGUGGACGGCUGUGAGAUGGCCCUGCCGGGUGUGGCCGCCCAGAGCCCCAUGCACCCCAGCAGAGGCCUAAAGUCCAGCAGCCUUCCCAGGGCUUUCCAGAAGGCGGGCCGGCAGGAGGAGCUGGGCUGCCCCUUCUACCACUGCCCAGCAGAGGCCAACGGGCUGGGCGCGUCGCCCUGCAAGGCGGCCCUGGAGCGGAAGGGGGCAUCGCCCAAGCACUGUGUUCUGUCACGUCCCAAAGGGACGCCCCCUCUGCCGCCCGUCCGCAAGUCCAGCUUGGACCAGAAGAACCGGGCCAGCCCCCAGCACAGCGCCUGCAGCAGCAGCACCAGCAGCCCCUCGCACCCCGCGGCGCCCUUCCUGGGCCCGUUCCCGGACGAGGCGGGCGGCAAGGUCAAGGAGGCCAGCAGCAGCAGCAGGCUCUUCAGCGCCAAGCUAGAGCAGCUGGCCAGCAGGACCAACUCCCUCGGCAGGGCCACCGUCAGCCACUACGAGUGUCUGUCGCUGGAGAGGGCCGAGAGCCUGUGCGCCGGGAGCUGGCGGGCGCACGCGGGCAAGGACAGCACGAUGCCCCGCGCGGGGAGGAGCCCCGGCCGUGGGGGCGCCGGGGCCUCGCCCACCGCCCCGGGCCCCGCGUCGCCAGCCGCCAGCGCCCCCGGCACGUCCGCGUCGCCCAAGGCAGGCACGUGCAAGAUCUCGGCGGUGAGCAAGCUCCUGCUGGCCAGCCCCAAGGCGCGCAGCCUGGCCACCGCCACCACCAAGACGCUCAGCUUCUCCACCAAGUCGCUGCCGCAGUCGGUGGGCCAGAGCCCGGGGCUGGCGGCCAGCGCCAAGCCCACGUCCUGGUCCACGCAGUCCCUCAGCCGCAGCCGCGGGGCCGGGCCCGCCUGCAAGCCGCCCGCGCGCGCCGUCAACGGGCGCAUCUCCGAGCUGCUGCAGGGCGGCGCGGGCGCGCGCGCGGGGCCCGACGAGCGGCCGGCCGCGCCCCCGCUGCCCUCGCCCUACAGCAAGGUGACGCCGCCGCGCCGGCCGCACCGCUGCAGCAGCGGCCACGGCAGCGACAACAGCAGCGUGCUGAGCGGCGAGCUGCCGCCCGCCAUGGGCAAGACGGCCCUGUUCUACCACAGCGGCGGCAGCAGCGGCUACGAGAGCGUGCCGCGCGACAGCGAGGCCACCGGCAGCGCGUCCUCCGCGCACGACUCCACGAGCGACAACAGCAGCUCCGUGGGCGGCCGCUGCCGCAGCCUCAAGGCCCCGAAGAAGCGCUCCAACUCAGGUUCUCAGAGACGGAGGCUCAUCCCGGCGCUGUCCCUGGACACCCCCUCCCCCGUAAGGAAACCCGCCAGCAGCUCUGGGGUCCGCUGGGUGGACGGCCCCUUGCGCAGCACCCAGAGGGGCCUUGGGGAACCUUUUGAGAUUAAGGUCUAUGAAAUCGAUGAUGUGGAGCGGCUGCAGCGGCGACGAGGGGGCAGAGGCAAGGAGGUCACGUGCUUCAACGCAAAACUGAAAAUUCUGGAGCAUCGCCAGCAGAGAAUCGCCGAGGUCAGAGCCAAGUAUGAGUGGCUGAUGAAGGAGCUGGAGGUCACCAAACAGUACCUGAUGCUGGAUCCCAACAAGUGGCUCAGCGAAUUUGACUUGGAGCAGGUCUGGGAGCUGGAUUCCCUGGAGUACCUGGAGGCGCUGGAGUGUGUCACGGAGCGCCUGGAGAGCCGUGUCAACUUCUGCAAGGCCCACCUCAUGAUGAUCACUUGCUUCGACAUCACCUCCCGGCGCCGAUGAGGCCCCGGCCCAGCCUGCCAGCCCCUGGCUGCCCGGGACCCCACGACGCACCCCUCGCCGGGCCCUUGGUGCCAGCGGCUCGGACACAGCAGAAGGAGAUGAAGGUUGGUGCAAGUCUGGAGUGAGCGCUGAGCAGGAGGCAGUUUUAUGGUGUUUUCUGUAGGAAAGGUGCGAACACCGCGCGUGUGGGAGGAGGAAACGAUGGAAAGCCCAAGGAUGUGGAAGCCCCGUGAGACUGAAAAAGCACUUUGAGGAACUUUCAAGAACUUGUUUAUACAGGAGUCCUGCCGGCAAGAGACCUCUCUCUUCUCUGGCUUUGUGGGAAGGGGCGAGGGUGUGCGUAGGAUCGCUGUCGGGAGCGAGAACGGAGCGGCAGAUUCCCCAGAGCAACUGAUUAAGUGCCUUGCAAAUCUUUAUUAUCCAAACCUUUCUGUUCAUACUUUCUCAUGUACAGACGGUGCUAGUCCGGACAGUAACAAGCAAAAAGAGCCCCCCACGCAUUUUUGAAAUGUAUUUACAGCUUGUUUUCUCUUGGUGUUUUAUCAGAUUUCUGACUUGCUGUUUCUACGUAAGUAGUGUUUGUAGAUCUGUCCCCAAUCAGUGUUGCUUAUGAAUAAAUGUUAACUGUCCUUUA